AUGGCUUCGGUAAAGUUUGCAGUGAUCGAUGUUAAUGAUUUUCUAUCAAAGAAACAGGCUUCGGACCCAGAUUUGGCCGCAGACUGGGCGAAGCUAGAGGAGCUUUACAAUAAGAAACUAUGGCACCAGUUAACAUUGAAAGUUCAAGACUUGGUUAUUCAUCCUUCUCUUCAGGCAAACGACAAUUUGAUACAGUUAUACAAUAACUUCAUCACUACAUUUGAAAACAAAAUAAACCCACUUUCGCUGGUUGAAAUAAUUGUCCAUGUAGUAAACCAGUACACCAAUAAGAAAGAUGCUGUUGCCUUCCUUGAGAAGGUGGAAGCUAAGGUGAAGAUGAAUGAUGAAGCUUUGGCACUCUGCAAAGUACUGCAGGGCCAGAUUUACCUAGAACACCUUAAUGACUUAGAUUCCACCGAGAAGAUAAUAGAACAACUUGAAGGUACCCUCGAGGAUGCAGAUGGAGUCACACCUGUGCAUGGUAGAUUUUACAAACUAGCGUCUGAAUAUUACAGGGUACGUGGGCCAAUGGGCCGUUACUACCGCGCGGCACUUCGUUACCUUGGUUGCGCCGGCGGCGGAGCUCAGUUAGAUGAGAGCGAGCGGCGCGCAUGCGCAUUACGCCUAGCUCUGGCUGCAGUUCUCGCUCCUGAUGUGUAUGAAUUAGGAGAACUCUUAGCUCAUCCCAUUCUGGAGUCGUUAGAAGGUACACCUGACGCCUGGGCGUGUGAGCUCGUCAAAGCAGUGGCUUCCGGAGAUGUUGUCGCUUUUGAGAAGAUUAGAGCACAAUCACCAUACCAAGAACUGCACCGGGCUGAUCGUCAACUUAGACAAAAAAUUGCAAUUUUAUGCUUAAUGGAGAUGGCGUUCAACCGCACGUCGUCCCAACGCAAGCUGACGUUUGCCGAAAUCGCUCGCGAAGCGAAAGUGCCACUGGACGAAGUUGAACUUCUCGUGAUGAAGGCGCUAGCUGAGAAACUCAUUAGGGGGCAUAUUGAUCAGGUGAGCCAAACAGUGAAUGUAAGUUGGGUCCGUGCAAGAGCCCUCGGUAAAAGCGGGGCGGGAGCCCUAGCCAAGAGACUGGAUGUAUGGUGUUCGGCAGCCGCCGGUGCAGCAGACUUGCUCGCUAAUGCCACCCCCGAUAUACUUACAUUGUAG